AUGGCAACUCCCAAGCACGCCAGGAGCCCUGGAUGGACAAGACCCCUAGCCCAGUGCAUGGCAGGGACCAAGCCGAAAGCAGCAGCCCCUGGCCCAGACCUCCCACGUCCAGGACCUGAAGAGCACUUAGAUGCCCACGGCAGCCAAAGCUCCAACUCCAGCAUGACCACGCGGGAGCUGCAGGAGUACUGGCGGACCCAGAAACGCUGCUGGAAGCACGUCAAACUGCUCUUCGAGAUCGCUUCCGCCCGCAUCGAGGAGGGGAGAGUCUCCAAGUUUGUGAUGUACCAAAUCGUCGUCAUCCAGACGGGGAGUUUUGACAGCAACAAAGCCAUCCUGGAACGGCGUUAUUCAGACUUCGAGAUGCUCCAGAAGAAACUCCUAAAGACCUUCCGGGAAGAGAUCGAAGAUGUCGUCUUCCCCAAAAAGCACCUGAUGGGGAACUUCACCCCAGAGAUGAUCUCCGAGCGCAAGCUGGCCCUCAAAGAGUACCUAGGCCUGCUCUACGCCAUCCGCUGCGUGCGGCGCUCGCGCGAGUUCAUCGAUUUCCUCACGCGGCCCGAGCUGAAGGAGGCCUUCGGCUGCCUGCGCGCGGGGCAGUACACCAAGGCCCUGGACAUCCUGGUGCACACGGUGCCGCUACAGGAGAAGCUGACGUCCCACUGCCCCGUGAUGGUGGUGCCGUCCCUGUGCGCCAUGCUGGUGUGCCACCGCGACCUGGAGCGCCCCGCCGAGGCCUUCGCCGCCGGGGAGAGGGCUCUGCAGUGCCUGCAGGCCCGGGAGGGCCACCGUUACUACGCCCCGCUGCUGGACGCCAUGGCCCGCCUGGCCUACACGCUGGGCAAGGACUUUGUGUCCCUGCAGAAGAGACUGGAGGAGAACCAGCUCCGGAAGCCCGGCCCCCGGGGCUUCACCCUGAAGGAACUCACUGUCCAAGAGUAUCUAUACUAG